AUGGCCCUUCCCCAGGGCCAGGCAGAUGGCAGUCUCCCCGCGGGGGACCCCAGCCCCUCUGAGGGCACCCCAGGGCCCAGCCAGGCCCCUGCCAGCCCAGCAGCCAACAGGCGGCGGGCACUCCUCAAGGAAUUGGAGGCCCGGGUGCAGGCAGCCUACGGGCAGGACCGGGAGCUGCGGCCAGAGGAGAUCGAAGAGCUGCAGAUCGCCUUCCAGGAGUUUGACCGAGACCGUGACGGCUACAUCGGCUACCGGGAGCUGGGCGCCUGCAUGCGGACCCUGGGCUACAUGCCCACUGAGAUGGAACUCAUCGAGAUUUCACAGCAAAUCAGUGGCGGGAAGGUGGACUUCGAGGACUUCGUUGAGCUGAUGGGCCCCAAGCUGCUGGCAGAGACUGCAGACAUGAUCGGCGUCAGGGAGCUUCGAGAUGCCUUUCGGGAGUUCGACACCAACGGGGAUGGCCGCAUCAGCUUGGGUGAGCUGCGGGCAGCCCUCAAGGCCCUGCUGGGGGAGCGCCUCAGCCAGCGGGAGGUGGACGAGGUCCUCCACGACAUUGACCUCAACGGGGACGGCCUGGUGGACUUUGAAGAGUUUGUGCGAAUGAUGUCUCGCUGAGGCUGCACCGAAGCUGGAGGCAGGAGACGGGACUUGGGACCACAGCCACUGCCUGCCAGCGUGUGCCCGGAAACCCUCUGCUUCCAGCUGACCCUCCCCCA